UGUAUGCGGAAGUAGGCUCUCUCGUUAGUAGUUGGGUAGUGAUGGCGGCUCUUUACAUCUACAGCUUGCUGUGUCUCCAGUCUCUCUUUAGUCUGUCCAUUCUCGGGGCCGCCGGAGACCUGACCGAUGGGAACAGCGAGCACGUGAAGAGGGAGCACUCUCUUAUCAAACCUUACCAAGGUGUGGGUUCUAGUUCAAUGCCACUAUGGGAUUUCAUGGGUAGUACAAUGCUUACAAGUCAAUACGUCCGUUUAACUCCUGAUGAGCGGAGUAAAGAGGGUUCUAUCUGGAAUAGAAUACCUUGUUUUUUGAAGGACUGGGAGCUACAUGUCCAUUUCCGGAUACAUGGAGCAGGAAAGAAGAACCUACACGGAGAUGGCUUUGCACUUUGGUAUGCAAAGGAUAGGUUAGAGCCAGGUCCUGUGUUUGGAAACCAUGAUAAAUUUCAUGGUCUGGCAGUCUUUGUUGACACCUAUCCUAAUGAUGAAACAACAGAGCGUGUUUAUCCUUAUAUCUCUGUUAUGGUGAACAAUGGCUCUGUAGAGUAUGAUCACAGCAAAGAUGGGCGGACAGCUGAAUUGGCGGGUUGCACAGCUGAUCUUCGCAAUGCCAACCAUGACACGUUUGUAGCCAUACGCUAUUCCCGUGGGCGUCUUACGGUGAUGACUGACAUCGAAGGUAAAAAUGAAUGGAAGAAUUGCGUUGACAUUUCAGGUGUUAGAUUACCAACAGGAUACUAUUUUGGAGCAACUGCUGCAACUGGAGACUUGUCAGAUAACCAUGAUAUUAUCUCCAUGAAGGUUUACCAGCUCACGGUUGAACAUUCACCUGAUGAAGAGAACAUUGACUGGACUAAAAUAGAGCCCAGUGUUAGCCUGUUAAAGUCUCCAAAAGAUAAUGUUGACGAUCCAACUGGCAACUUUCGCAGUGGCCCUCUAACUGGCUGGAAAGUGUUCUUGCUACUUCUCGCUGCUCUCUUGGGUAUUAUAGUCUGCGCUGUAGUUGGAGCCGUAGUGUUUCAAAAACGUCAAGAAAGAAACAAGAGAUUCUACUAGCCAGGCAUGCUGGGAAUAAAAAUUCUGAAAUGUGAACUCUCCUUUUCCAGAAAAUGGAUUCUACAAUGCAGUUUCUUAUGUGGGUUAAAAAGAAGAUAAUUUAAGUGGUAUUUUCGUACUUUUUAUUUACAAUGACAAGAAUAUCCUCUGGAAGUGGGUACAGGAGUAACAAUUUUUGAGGUUUGCAACUGAUUUUUUUUUUUUGGGGGGGGUUUAAAUCAGAAUGAUUUGAUUUAUUUUUUUAAUAUAAAUGCCUAACUUUAGUGGAGCAUGCUUGAAAGAGUUUUGGGCCAAGACAUGGCUGUAUAGUUUUGCAUAGAUGCUACACCUACAAAGCCUGCUCUUGAUGUAUUCUGCAGUGUGUUCUUCAAUGCUGACCGAUAAUCUGAUGUAGCCUUUAAGCAGCCCAAUCCUGUGGAUUAAAAUGACUGCUUGCACAGAACUGUGUCAAUGACAGCUUGGGGUCUGGAAGAUCUUGCAUUUGGUUGCUCUAUUUACUUUUUGUUUCUUACUGACGCUCAGAUGUUUACAAAAAAGAAGAAAGAAGACAUUUUGCCUUGGCCUGCACUACAUAUCUUCUAAAUCCCUCGAGUAUGAUUGUAUACCACCGUUUCUUUUCUUUUGCUUUAUUUUAAAAUCAAAAAUGUUCAGGGGUUUCCUGUAAGAGUGUAAGAAUAUUUGGCUGUGUCCAAAGUGGCUACCCAUUAAAGAAAAGAAAACGUGUCUCACGU